AACCCCGCCCACCUGAAACGCUGCAACAAGUGCAUUAAUGAUGCUUGGCUUCUGUUUGCACCAAGAAGGACGUCUGCUUCUUUUUAGCUGUUACUAGAUGCAACGAUACGACUAUUUUGCUUUUAUGACGAAAGUCCGGUUGAUUCAGCCAUGUUUAAUGUUACUCCUCCGCUCUUGUUUGACUAACAACAGGUUGUGCCGGUCGCGGUGAGGAAAAAUUAAACACGGCGGAGCUUGCGCAAUUAGGAAAGAACUUUCUCAAGUGAGUUAGCUUAAGCGGCUAACUAAAACAACAGACAGCCAUUAGUCUCUCUGUGAUAUGGAGCUGGGGGGACUGGUGAGGGGUUAGCCGUGUGUCUGCCCCCCCCCCCCCCUGUUUGCGACAUGUAUUGGCGAAAAGAAGAGGACAGAAAAUGCCUGGCUGCGAGUGGAUGGAUAAAAAAGACAGACGAAUUCACUGUGACUGAACAACAGCAACCGCUGCUGUGUUGAUGUGACAGGAAUUACCAGGUCAGGAGGACAACAUCAGCGACUAUGAGUCAGGCAGAACAAAGUGACAGAGGCUUGUCAACAAGCGAAGACCCUCUGCCAUGCCUGCACACAGCUGCCCCGUUGAUCCGAAGGCGACCCCUCAGUGAUUUGUAUCCAUAUCAAAGUGACAGUAGUGCCGUCCCCUAUUUGCUAUCUGGAUGUGAAACACAGGUAGAGCCCAUAACAUCGGUACCUGUUCCUGAUGAAAACAAACUGAAUGGCAUCAACUCUGCUGCUUGGCCCCACCCAGUUAUAGGUCACCCUGAAGGAAAGCCUUAUUCUUCGAGAAUAAUGAGGCUUUUCUCCAACCCCAGAAAGGGUUCUAUUCCUGCUCACAGUCCUACUGCUGAAAGUCCCACCUCAGUUCUAAGCAACGAUAGCAACAGUGGCUCCCAGUCCUGGUCAGGACUUGCUGGACUGGGUGUUAUGGACUCCUUCAAAAAGCUUCGCUCAUCAGUGCUCCAGGGAAUUCAGAGUAAGGGAGCAGCAAACCAUCUCGAAAAUCAAGAGAUUUCAUCCCACCAGGAAAUGGCUAAUGGUGCAGUUAUGGAAAACACAGACGCUGGUCUAGAGAAUGGAACGAGUCAUUUCAAAAAAUCAGAACAAGGCCAUGUGUCUAAUGGAAAUUAUACUGAGCAGACGUUAUCCAUGGUGAGCCAGUACGGGUCAGAUAUUGACGACUACGAUGAGGAUGAAAAUGACGGAUCUUCUCUAACGCGGAACUCUAGAGUCUCACGGAGCAUCAAGAGAGCCUAUGGCGCAGGACGCAUUUCUUUGUGUGAUACUGGAAAAAGGAGAAGUUCUGGAAGCUGCUCAAAGGAAGCUGCAGAUUUUCAGAAACCAGAUCUGUCAUCGAAGUACAAUGUACAAACAAAAAACACGAACCAUCACCAAGAUGUUAAGGUGAUGAACAGAAUGAGCAAAAGUGCCGAAAACCUUCAUAUAUUUAAGACACCUUUCAAACGCAAAGCAACGUCUCCAGAUUCUCCUUCACCGGAGGAGGAAACCCACGGUACUACACCAUCAAACGGUACACCAAAUAUCCAGAGAACAGCCAGCGCUUCCUCAGUCGACCUUCGAAGUUUUAACUGCAGAAAAAGCCCUGCAAAAACCAAGGGCCCAAUGCUGAAGCUUGUAGGCAGCAUGACCGACCUAACUGUCCGACGCAGGGGAUGUCCCUCCCCCAGCCCCACAUCCAUGUCGCCCUUAUGUCGUUUACAUGAUGACUACUCCCGUCGUGUGCCUUGCCUGCAAACCACAGAAAGGCACCGCCGGCCUUCGCCUGUCAGAGCCCGUGUCAUGUCUGUGGAUCGGAUGCUGCUGGUUCAUCACCAUCAGUCUGAUAAUUACACAAACUCUCAGGAGCACCAGGUCCUGAUUAGCCCGGUUUUUGCAGAUCCCCCAGGGAGAACAGAGCCUUCUGCCGUUGCCUCGGAUCACUAUGAUACACUGGCUGUAGCCACAACAAGUGGCUGCAAACAGUUGACAGAUGGUGAUUCUUCUGCACACAGCCAAAAAGAACAUUUACAAGAGGAGCAAACUGAAGCCAAGUCCAUUUUAUACAAGGAAACAUCAGAGCAACAAGUGCGAGAAGCACUCCUCCAAACAGAUGAACUCUACUCUACAACCAGCAACAGCACACCUCCUGUUUCACCGACAAACCUCCUGGAGUCGCCCACAUCACUCACGUCAUCUUCCACAGAUGGGACCCCGACGUCCGCAGAAAUAUCCUCUGUUAAACCCAGGAGAAGGAGUGGGCGACCGAAACCUCGACCCAUUUCUGACUACGGGCAACUUAUUUCCAGAAGGAACUGCAUUCCUGAGGAGGCAGUGGAGCUGAGUGCUGAGCAAAGAACAGACAGCACAUCAAUGCACACCGACUGCAGUGAUAAAGACACUUGUGGGAAUGGAGAGAACCCUGAGAACUGUGGUGCAAGUGGGGAGAUCCAGUGCAGGAGGCUCCGUCCAGUCUCGGUGAUCGGAGCGACAGAUGUGUUUCCCGCUGAUGCUGAGGAGAAGGAUGAUCGCCUCCCCUCUCCCCAGUCCCGACCGCCCAUCCCCUCCCACCAGGUGCCCCCUUACAGAGCAGUGUCUGCCAGGUUUCGCCCCUCAGCACUUUCCCAGAGCACUCCCAUCGGACUGGAUCGUGUGGGACGACGAAAGCUGCACAGAGUGCUCAGUGAUGGUAUGUCUGAGUGCUCGGCAACAUUUGACGACAGCGUGAGUGAGGAGGAGGAGGGCAGCUUUGAUGAGCUCGCUGAUGUCACGCCCUACCUCCAGCCAGGGGUGGAGAUCUCUGUGCUCAAUGAGUGGAUAAGGUCAGGACACACAGUGUAUGCUGAGGCUCUCUGGGACCAUGUGACCAUGGAGGAGCAGGAACUGGCCUUUAAGGCUGGAGACGUUAUCUGCGUCCUGGAUGCCGCGCAUACAGACUGGUGGUGGGGCAAGGGGUCUGACAGGGUGGCCUGGUUCCCCUCCAGCUUUGUCAGGGUGCGAGUGAACCAGGAGGACUCCAGCGCAGAGAGUGUUGAGAGUGUUGCAGAUCAGGAGGAUCCGACACCCAGGGACACACACAGUGCUGAGCACAGAGAGCAGAUGAGAACCAAUGUGGUUCAGGAAAUCAUGAACACUGAACGCAUCUACAUCAAACACCUCAAAGACAUCUGUGAAGGUUACAUUCGGCAGUGUCGUAAACACCCAGAAAUGUUUACCGAGCUGCAGUUGAAAACCAUCUUCAGCAACAUUGAAGACAUCUACAAAUUCCAAAGGCAGUUCCUCAGAGACCUGGAGAAGAAGUACAACAAAUGUCAACCUCAUCUCAGUGAAAUAGGCUCCUGUUUUCUCCUACAGGGUGAAGGUUUCUCCAUUUACUCCGAGUACUGUAACACCCACCCAGCCGCCUGUGCUGAGCUGCAUCGCCUCAUGAAGUCGGGCCGAUAUAAACACUUUUUUGAGGCCUGUCGGCUUCUACAGCAGAUGAUUGACAUUUCCAUCGCUGGUUUUCUGCUGACCGCUGUCCAGAAGAUCUGUAAAUACCCGCUGCAGCUCGGGGAACUUCUCAAAUACACACCAAAAGACCACAGUGACUUCAUUGGAGUAAGUGAAGCUUAUGAAGCCAUGAAGAAUGUGGCCAGUCUGAUAAAUGAGAGGAAGAGACGGUUGGAGAGUGUCGAUGCCAUCGCUCACUGGCAGGUUGCCAUUCUGCACUGGCAGGGGCCUGAUGUGCUGGAGCGUAGCUCAGAGCUAAUCCACUCUGGAGAGCUUACUCGUAUCAUCAGACAGGGAAAAAUGCAGCAGCGCAGCUUCUUCCUCUUUGACCACCAGCUGGUCUUCUGUAAAAAAGAUGUGCUGCGUAGAGACCUGCUCCACUACCGAGGACUCCUGGACAUGGACCAGACAGAGGUGGUGGACGUUCCCGACGGGCGGGACCCAGACCUGGGCCUGACCCUGAGGAACGCUCUGCGUUUGCGUCAUGCCUCUACUCUGGAAUUUGUGUGUGCGUUGUGCUGCAGGAAGGCCCAGGACAAGCAGAGGUGGUUAGAAGCUUUUGCCAAGGAGAGACAGAGAGUCAAAGAAGACCAGGAGAUGGGAAUGGAGAUCAGUGAAGAGCAGAGAAAACAAGCCAUUGUCAAUGCCAGAAGAGCCAAAAAUGGGAAGGCCAAGUCCAUCAGCUACUCGGGCUCUGUCCCUCCACACCAACAAAACCUGCACCCACUUCACCAGCGCCACAUCACCAUUCCAACCAGCGUCCCUCAGCAGCAAGUCUUCACGCUGGCCGAGCCCCCGAAACGAAAGCCUUACCACCUGCUGCACAGCAUCGCUCGCAACACCUUUUUCAGGAAAUGAGGCCUUGGCUUCCCGUCCGCGUUUGUCCGUGUGUCUGUUAGCAGAGAACACUGACAGAAAACUGUCCUGAAGACUCAAAGAACACUUUAUUUUUGUGUUUCCAUGUACUUUUAAGUCUGUGAAUGUACUAUCCUGUUUCGUCUGUGUGCCUCAUGUUGUUCUCUCUCUGUUUUUGUUGCACAUUGAAGUUGAGUGUCUGACUUUUGUGUGGAGCACGAAGUGUUAAAAUAGUGACUCUGUUCAUUUUAUUGUCUAUUUAAAAUGCUGCUCACUAAGGACCACGAGACCCUUCCUCUCUUUGUCUUAAUAAUUCCAGCUGAUAUGUUUUUAUUCCCAAUUAUGACAAUGAUUCUUCUUCUGCUUUUACACUGACACAUUUAGUAAUAAGGUUGUUUUAAAAAGGCUGGAACCUUUUUUUUUUCUUGUCUUUUUUUUUUUUUUUUGCUGAGAGCCUGUAAGCUCUGUGCACCAACAGCCAGAGGCUAAUUUAACUAACCCACGCUGUAAAUAAAAACAAACCCUUGUUCCAACAAAA